AUGUUCUGUCAUCCCUCUCCCACUUCCCCUUCUUUUUAUAACCUCACCAUUAUCUUCAGGCCCCCAAAUCAUCCCUCUUCAACCCACGAACAUUUUGUUAUCACAAUGGCUAGUAUCUGGAGUCAUGAGAGAGACAAGCAGUUGCUUGUGGCCAUCCUGGCCGUCCAUUCUCCGCUGGACUGUUCUGCGAUUGCUAAAGCGAUGGGACAGGGCGAUAGCACUGCAGCCGUGAGACAGCAUCUCUACACUCUGAAAGCCCGUCAUGAGGGAACCUCUGCGAAAUCUCCUACCAAGGACAAUACCGACAACCCCACCGGCCGUGGCCGCAAGUCUACCAAAACCACCGCCAAGCGCAAGACUGCGUCGGUCACCCAGUCUGAAAAAGACACCGUUGCUGAGAGCCAGGAUGAGCAUGGGGAUGAAUCCGCCUUCAGUUCUACUAAGUAG